ACCGCCAUCUUGUGGUCGUGGAGCAAUAAAGCGCUGUUUUGUUGAUUUGUCAUCGGAUUGGUUAAAGUCCUUUUGUUUAAUAAUUGCGUCAGGACGCACAGUUUGAACUGCGGAAGCGCGCUGCUCUUUGCAGCAAGUUUGUACGGAGAUGGUUGGCAAGCUAGCUUAACUGACGAGAGGCAGUGCCAAGAAGCCGGAGUUAGCAUCGCAUUUAAGGCAUGUAAAGAAGAUGAAGCCGAGAUAGGAUCACUGACAGGAGGGUCAGCUCCUGCACACUUUGGAACACAUUUAUUUAGGAGUUAAACUGGUAACAACUGCAUACGGCUUAAGAAUGGGUACAGAAGCCAGAACAAUGCAUUUUCCAUGCAUUACAAAUAAGACUUAUGUUUAUCUGUGGACCCAUGGGCAGUUUCAGCAGGAGCAGGUAGAAUGGGAUGAUGUGAACAAACUGCUGCAGCAUCACGGCUUUAAGCCUGUGUUCUUUGCGGACCCUGUGGAGAAUAGGAACCUCACAGAUUUGGUCCUGCUGGACAAGAAGUCAGCGAAUGAGUUGAGAAUGACUUUGAGGAUGAUGCUGAUGGACUCUGAGAGGAGACAGGCGCUCAUCCAAGAGCUUGUCAAGUCUAACAACAAGCUCAAAGAGGAGGUACAGAAGCACAUGAGUCAUGCAGCUCGGCAGUCCCAAAGAGCCACUGAGCUGCAGGGGCUGCUGGAUGAGGUGAAGGGCAGAGUUCAGCACCUGGAGGAGAGCUGCCUGGGGAAGGCGGUCCAGCAGCACAGCCUCACCCAGCAGCUGCAGAAGGAAAGUAAAGAGGCUAAGAGGAGAUAUCUGUUGCUGGAGAAGAAAGUAGUCAGUCUGGAGGAAGAAACAGCACAGCUCAGGAAGAAACUGUAUUUGACUGUCAAAGAAGAGGAACAGCGACUGACUCGACAGAGUCGAUUACAGGAGUCCAAACAUUUGGAUCAAGCUACAAAGAGGACCUCUGCCUCCGUCUGCCCGUCUUUCAAAACCAUCCUCAAGACACAUCAGGACCAGCAGAAGGAAAGCAGCUCUCACAUACAGGAGUUGGAGGAAGAGGUGGAACGGCUCAAGUCGGAACUGGACACAAGAUGUAGAAGUGACCUCACUGGGAGCACCAUGGAGCAGUCCAAAACCUCCAGGCAACGGGUCCAGUAUCACCACCUGUUGACUGAGAUCAACACGCUCGUUAUCAAUCCCAGGCUGCAGCAGUAUCAACGCUGGCCCAGGGAAUCGGAGGAAGCAGAAUUCCAGGCUGUCCUUCCCACUCUGGAGCAGUGGUCCCAGCAGCUCCACAUGCUCAGGGAUCUUCAUAGCCGACUGAAUAAACUGAGUGCCACACUGAUGCCACUGCAGCCCUGUGAUGUUGAUGCAAAAACACUUAAGGUGGAGGACAUGAUGCUGCUGGUGGAGGCGCUGCUGGAGAAUGCCUCUUCUGACGAUAAACAGCUCAGGAGUCCCACUCGAUACACCUUGGCUUCCAUGGUGGCUCACUUCCAGAAACUGUUUGACGUUCCGUCCCUCAGCGGAGUUUACCCUCGAAUGAACGAGGUCUACACCCGACUGGGAGAGAUGACCAACACCAUGAGGAACCUCCAAAAUGUUCUGGACCUAGACAGCAAAGCUUCUCCUACUGAAGUUGUGGACCAGGUCUCCAGGCUGGUCUCCUUGGAUCCAGGACUGGGACGGGCAGACAUUGACAGCAUCAUUAUCAAAGUGAAGCAACAUGAUGAGUUUUUCCCUGCUUUCCACAACCUCGUGACAGAAAUCUUAAAGAUACUUGGUGUGAGUCACCUGGACGACAUACUUCCUGCUCUGCAGUCUCUGAAACAGGCGGCUCAGUGAUCCUCCCUUCUCCACUGGACGUUUACUGCUUACAUUUACUUAUUAUGUUAUCACAACUGUGGCCAUCAAGUUUCAGACAUUGAUGGCUGCAGAACCACCCACUGAGCUUAGUAGUAUGUUUCUCACCAUCAGAUGGCAGCACACAACAACCAUGUGCCUAAAAUAAAGCAGAAAUCCAACUGAAAAUGUUUCGUUUCAGAUUCCUCGACAGGAAUUGCCUGAGCUACCUUUCCCAGGAACUAGAUCUGUACAGUGGGAAUUACAGGAUUAAAUUCCUGUGAAUGACUGUGUAACCUCUCUCAUAUAAUCCUGCUAGAAUUGCACCAUAGGCUGGAAAAACAUGGAAUCAACUUUUAGUCAUUUCAGUGAUGAAAUGAUGAAAAAAUCUUGAAAACAAGUUUAUAAUCGUGUGUUCCAACCAUGUUCUUACGUCAUUUUACUCUGUAUAACAUGUAUUUUGCGAACAGGGCUCUCUUUGCUUGAAAAGCUGUGACAGAGCCCAGAACAAUGCUUAGGUAAAUUGGCACCAGAGACAAAGUGUUGUGCUCCUCUACCUCACAAUAAAAGAAUGAAUAAAGAUUUAAAAUAUCUUAAGCAAUGUUUUCCAUAUAUCCAGAGCUCAUCUGACUGAUAAAAUAGUUUUAAUAAAUGGAAUGAUUCUUUGAA